UUCAUUAGCACACCCAUGUGAUCUGGUUACUUCAUACUACAGACUAGUGAAUCUUUUUUGGAUCAGCGAUCCAUAUAUACACACACCUGUAAUCAGUAAGGUACUGGUAAAGAUCAGUUCAUUCCUUAUAAGCAAUAUUAAAAAAAAAAUAAUUCAUAUACUUUGGCAAUAUUGACCUCCUAUGAAAGCAAUUUCAUAGAUGAAAGACCCAAAAAUAGCACGUACCCACUCAAUACGUGAGAAUACUCAGGUUGAACUAAAUGGAGAAUACUAAAGCAGAGAAAUGAAGAUCAUUUCGAUGCUCGUUUUCGGAGGGAAAAUGGUGUAAUUUGAAGGAGAAUCCGUUGGGCAAGCAACACCAUUGAGAAGUGUUUGCAGUGGUCGACAUGGGAACGAGCGUGCAGGUCACUCCUUUGAGCGGCGUUCAUUCCGAAUCCCCGCUUUCUUAUCUCCUCUCAAUCGACGGUUUCAAUAUUCUGUUGGACUGUGGUUGGAAUGACUUCUUUGACACUGAACAGCUGCAGCCUCUAGCCAGAGUGGCUUCAACUGUGGAGGCUGUUUUGCUUUCACAUCCGGAUACAAAUCAUCUUGGUGCUUUGCCAUAUGCUGUGAAAAGGCUUGGGCUCUCUGCUCCCGUGUAUUCCACAGAACCUGUUUUUAGAUUGGGUCUGUUGACUAUGUAUGAUCAUUAUCAAUCUCGAAAGGCUGUUUCAGAUUUUGACCUUUUCACAUUGGAUGAUGUAGAUGCUGCAUUUCAAAAUGUGACAAGGCUAACAUAUUCUCAAAAUUAUUAUUUUUCUGGGAAUGGUGAAGGAAUAGUUAUCACUCCUUAUGCAGCUGGGCAUCUUUUGGGGGGAACAAUAUGGAAAAUCACAAAAGAUGGAGAGGAUGUAAUCUAUGCUGUUGACUUUAAUCAUCGGAAGGAAAGGCAUUUGAACGGAACAGUCUUAGAAUCAUUUGUGCGUCCAGCUGUACUGAUAACAGAUGCCUACAAUGCUUUAAACAAUCAACCUUCCCGGCGCCAGAGAGAUCAAGAAUUUUUUGAUAUGAUAUUAAAAGUGUUGCGAGGAGAUGGAAAUGUCCUUCUCCCAGUUGAUACAGCUGGGCGUGUGCUUGAGCUUAUUUUAUGUUUGGAACAGUACUGGGCACAGCAUCGUUUGAGUUAUCCAAUUGUCUUCUAUACAAAUGUUGCAUCAAGUACAAUUGAAUAUGUCAAGAGCUUCCUUGAAUGGAUGAGUGAUGCAAUAGCUAAAGCUUUUGAGCACACACGAGAUAAUGCUUUCCAAUUGAAGAAUUUCAAGGUUGUGCCUAAAAGAAGAGAAUUUGCAGAACUGUCACCUGGUCCAAAGGUGGUACUUGCAUCUAUGGCAAGUUUGGAGGAAGGUUUUUCUCGUGAUAUAUUUGUUGAAUGGGCGACAGAUACAAAGAAUCUUGUUAUCUUUACAGAAAGAGGUCAGUUUGGGACUUUGGCACGAAUGCUUCAAGCAGAACCACCACCAAAGGCUGUAAAAGUUACUGUGAGCAAAAGGGUUCCUCUAAGUGGUGAAGAAUUAAAAGCAUACGAAGAGGAACAGAGUCGAAUUAAAAAGGAGGAAGCUCUAAAGGCAAGCAGUGCAAAGGAAGAGGAUGCUAGAGCCUCUCUCGUGGGAGGAGAUGCUACAUCAGAUCCAAUGAUUAUUGAUACUGCAGGUGGUCUAGUUUCAUCAGAAGGAGCUAGUCCUCGGCUUUGGGGAUAUCGAGAUGUCUAUUGUGAUGGUUUUACUCCUUCACCUACAAGUGUUGCACCUAUGUUCCCGUUUUACGAAAACACAAUUGAAUGGGAUGAAUAUGGGGAAGUUAUUAACCCUGAUGACUUUAUAAUUAAAGUAGAAGAUGUUCAUGACCUCAGUGUACCUCAACCUAUUCCUGGUGCACAUAUUCAAGACGAGGCUGAUGAGGAGGUGGAAGAUAUACUUAUGGAUACAAAGCCUUCAAAAGUAGUGUCCAGUGAGAUUACUGUACAUGUCAAAUGCUCUUUGACUUAUAUGGAUUUUGAGGGCCGUUCUGAUGGACGGUCCAUCAAGUCAAUUAUACAACAUGUGUCACCUCUUAAGCUGGUUUUGGUUCAUGGAUCUGCUGAAGCAACAGAGCAUUUAAAACAGCACUGCUUGAAGCAUGUCACAUCCCAUGUUUAUGCUCCUCAGAUUGAAGAAAGAGUUGAUGUAACAUCAGAUUUGUCUGCUUACAAGGUGCGACUUUCAGAGAGACUCAUGAGCAAUGUGCUUUUUAAAAAGCUUGGUGACUAUGAAUUAGCAUGGAUUGAUGGGGAAGUUGGAAACAAAGAGGACGAAAUGCUUCCUCUCAUUCCACUAUCCACAGACCCACCACCACAUAAAGCCGUUCUUGUAGGGGAUUUACGACUAGCAGAUUUUAAGCAACUGCUUGCAAGCAAAGGUCUCCAGGCUGAGUUCAUGGGCGGGCAAUUGCGUUGUGGUGAUAAUGUUACCGUCCGUAAGGUUGGAGACUCAACCCAAAAGACUGGAAUCCAGCAAGUAGUCAUUGACGGCCCUUUAUCUGAAGAAUACUUCAAAAUACGUGAAUAUUUAUACUCCGAAUUUUAUGUCCUCUAGUAUGUGGUGAAGUAUUUAUGGCAGAACAAGGUGGUCAAGCUUUGGACCUUUUUAAGUUUGGGGCUUGAAUUUCAUUUCCAUUUGUAAACAAGCCAACUUUCAUAGUCAUGAUACUCUUUUCGAGUUACCAAGUACUCAUGAUUUGGACUUUCUGCAAAAGCGAAGAGUCAAUUCUUUGUGGAGUUUCUCAAAGUUUUCUGCAAGUCCUGAAUCUAGUAUUGCUAUCCAUCAUAAUGAGUUCUUGUGCCCAAGCUGCAUGACUAUACUCCAUAGCAUCUUUGCAUUGCAAUUUCACUAAGAUGGAGGACCCCACAUCUAUAGAGGGGGAUUUAAUGUUCUGGAGUUAGCUUUAGAGCAAUGUCAAGAUCUUGGACCUUCCAACAUCCAACAUUAGUCCUCUCGCAGACUUUUGGCUAAGUAGAUACAGCUGUGUACAUCCAAGUUUGCUUUUUAUAUUUUUGUCAUGUACUUUAUACUUAUGGUGUUACCGGCACUCUAGAUUCUAGAGAUCAUAGAUUGUAACUCUGACAUUUAGAUAACAUAUGUAACAUUUUGGAAUUGGCAGUUGAGAAAAAUUAAACUGUAUUCAGUUAAUAUACCAUAAAUUUACAUGUUACAGAUGAUGCUUUUUCA